GUCCAGCGGCACGCCGACAGACAAACAGAGCUAUUGUUAGCCGAGAAUCAGCCAGCAGGUUGUGUCAGAGUUUAUCCCAUACUCGCCACCACCUACCUGUUGAAUAUUCACACCAUUUAUUUAGCAAGCAGCGAAGGCCGAGUAGCUGUCGAAGAACAUAAAUCCAAGCUGUGGGGCAGGUGAAGAGAGGAAAAGUGUGUCGCGGAAGGAAGGAAGUAAAUAAGGACGACCAUUGGGCUUGGAACUCAACAGGUUAACUAAUUCAAUGGUAUAAAAGCGGCUCGGACUUUUUAAUUCCAACGUCGAAAAACACACGAAACAUCAAUUAAAAUGCCGUUGGGACCAUGGAGGAAGAAAAACAAAUCGACGAAGGAGCAUUUGGUGGACAACGAGGAGGUCGGCGGCGGACACGCAGGUGCAGCUGGGAGCUUGGCUAAAUCCGCCGUGAACGGAGCAGGGCUGCCGCCUCCACCUGCAAAUCUGCGGCCCAAACUGGUCUUCCACACGCAGCUGGCGCACGGAAGCCCCACCGGCAGGAUCGAGGGAUUCUCCAACGUGAAGGAGUUGUACUCGAAAAUAGCAGACGCGUUUAAUAUAAGCCCACCUGAGAUCCUGUUCUGCACCCUCAACACCCACAAGAUUGACAUGGACAAGCUGCUGGGGGGCCAGAUCGGCCUUGAGGAUUUUAUCUUCGCCCACAUUAGAGGGAUCAAGAAGGAGGUGGAAAUUUAUAAAUCUGAAGAUGCCCUGGGCCUCACCAUCACUGACAAUGGAGUGGGAUACGCUUUCAUAAAGCGUAUCAAAGAGGGCAGUGUUGUGGACGGGGUGAAGGUGAUCUGUGUGGGCGACCACGUAGAGUGCAUUAACGGACGUAACGUGGUCGGGAUACGGCAUUAUGAGGUCGCCCGCAUGCUUAAAGAGCUGCCCAAAGACAAGUCCUUCACCCUCAAACUGGUCGAACCAAUGAAGGCCUUUGAAAUGCUUGAGCCCAGGUCAAAAGGCGCCAAACCUCCCAGUGAUAACAAGAUCGGCACAGGGAGGGGGACUCUGAGACUUCGCUCCAAGGGUCCAGCUACUGUAGAAGAGGAGCCAACAGAAUUUGAGGAGAAGGCAGUAAAGAAAGUGGACGACCUCCUGGAGAGCUACAUGGGCAUCAGAGACACUGAACUUGCUGCUACAAUGGUCGAGGUCGGCCGUGACAAGAAGAACCCGGAUGAAUUUGCCAUGGCGUUAGAUGAGACCCUCGGAGACUUUGCCUUUCCCGAUGAGUUUGUCUUCGACGUCUGGGGGGCCAUCGGAGACGCAAAGCAGGGAAGAUUUUAAGUUUGUUCCUGCCUACACACACACACACACACACACACACACACACACACACACACACACACACACACACACACACACACUUCUUCCCCAACUCGCCUCUUAAUAUCCUCAGAAGCAAACUGGACAAACUUCAACCAGCACAAACUUUGUUCUUAGGCAUAGCUUUGCACUUGGAUGCACCUAAAGUGUCAACUUCAGUCAAGUCGGUUACCAUAUGAAAUUGGAUGUGCUAUCCAUGAUAUUCCAACACCGGACCUGCCUCCUGCAUGCUGAAGAGUUGCUGAUUCAUUCCUGAUGUUGAUUGUACACCUCCUCCCC